AUGCUGACCCGCGUGUUCCGCCUGGUCCACGACAAGCGCCUGAGUGUUCCCGUGUUGCGCUGCUUCCACCACGAGUUCUCCAAACCGCCAGGACAGCCUGAAAAGACAGAGGAAACUCAAGGUAAUCCCGGAAAGAAUUUGGUUGCCGGCGUGCAGGACAAGUACAAAAUAUUCCGCGAUGAGGAGGCCACAGAGAUUUUCGAUGUGGAGGAGGCGCGCCACCAGGAGCAGCAGCAGCUUCCCGAGGAUUCGGAACUGGAGCAGGAUCACUACUAUGGCCUGAAUUUGAAGCGUGGCGUUCGGGGAGUCUUCGAUGUGGAGGACUUGGUGGAGCUGCUGCGUAGGGAGAAUGUGGACGACAUAUUCGUCUGCUAUGUGCCGGAGAACCUGAAAUAUGUGGAUCACCUCGUGGUUUGCAGUGGCCGCAGCUAUCGACACAUGCUGACCACCGCGGAGUUUGUGCGUCGCAUGUUCAAGAUCAAGAGAAGUAAGGGCGAUAUUCUACCCCGCAUCGAGGGCGAAAAGAGCCGGGAUUGGAUGGCCAUGGAUUUGGGCAACAUUGCCCUGCACAUAUUCUCGCCGAAUGCUCGCGAGGAAUACGAUUUGGAGUCGCUGUGGGCCAUUGGCUCUGAAUUCGAUCGCGAGAGCCAAAAGCCACACAAUCCCUAUGGCGAUAUUUUCAUGGCCCAAACUCCUCUCUCCCUGGCAGGCAAUUCCAAACUGGAGACCUGAAAUUGUUUUGUACUAAUAGUUUAAUAUAGGUACAAUGUACCUGGUACAUAAAUUUGAUAAUCACCCCA